UUUAAGGUGGCCGUGCUGAAGAAAGUUUUUUUACGUUACGGAGAGAUUUCAAAUUGCCGUCUAACCCAACUCAAAAUUGGCAGAGGGCAGGAAAUGUCAAUGGGGACAGAUUCCACUUGGGUUGGAAAGAAGCCUCUGAGGCGCAUUGCAGGCAUGUCCGAUGCUCUCUCCAUCGCUGCGGAUCUCGGCUUCUCUGUUUCCCCUUCUCCUACUCAGGAAGAACUCCAGAACUUAUCCACUACAACUGGUGAGAAGGGCGAUGACUUGAUAAGGGUAUUAAGAGAACUUACCGCUGUACAAAGAAAAAUAGUAGAUCUGCAAGUGGAACUUCAAGGACGAAAGGAUGAUAAAAAUGUGGCACAUUUGACGCAUGUGACUGAAAUGGAAAAGAAGACUGAGACUUUGGCAAGGAUUACAACUAUAUUGAAAGAUGUCAUUCAGAAUAAGGAUCGCAUAAUAGCUCGUCUUCAACAGCCAUAUUCACUGGAUUGCAUUCCAGUGGAAGCAGAAUAUCAGAAACAAUUUUCUGAAUUACUGAUGAAGGCUGCUAGUGAUUAUGGUGCCUUGACAACGUCAGUUGCAGAUUUUCAAUGGAGUCAGAACUUUAAGGAGCCUCCUUCAGUAUGGGGAGAAAUGCUUCGACCGAUCCCAGUUGCUUUAGCAUCAUGCACCCGAUUCUUUGAGGCCAUGUCUGCCAUGAGAGAAUCGUUUGCAACCCUUCAGAAUCUGAGAGUGGGUCAUUCCAAUUCCUCUUUGCCUGCAACACCAGUCAAGAACAGCUCCCAAAGAGUUGCAGGGGACUCCAACUGUGUGACUCCACCACCCUGGAGAAAUGGCCCAAGCUUUGAUGACUUAGUUACUAGGAGCCUAAGUAGGCAAAAAAUGGAGAGACAGGAAGCAGGGGAUGAAAACAGUGAGGUUUCUGAUCUUAAUCAGGUUGAUGGCACAAGCCAUAGGAGAUUGUCGUGGCCCCCUUCGGUUAAAACGAGUGGAAUUUAGUCUCACACAGGCGAAUAUCAUUGUUUGUCUUGCAGUACUAAUGUUCUUAUUAAGAUUGUAUUCUGCUUUCACUAUAUAUAUCCACUUGCAAUGAGAAUGUUCAACAGCAGAACCAUAAACCAUGAAGAAUCCACUCAUUUGUGC